GCAGCUCCACGGGCCACACGGCACCCCACAGCGAUGAAUCGCAGUCAUCGGCAGUGCCAUGCCUCGCUUCGUCCUGCUCUUGCUGGCGCUCUGUCUCGUAGUCAGGACAAAAACUGACCCCCAGAGUGACGAUGAGGAGUUCAGGGAGGUGCGGGACGCCCUAAGGAAAUUUUUUGCUCGCGGCGUUGACCCCGGGCAACAGAAGACUCAGGAUAUAUCGCCUGCAAGCAGUUGGAACAUCGCAGCAGAAAGACGCCGGCAGUUAAUUUACACGGAGGAUGCGCUGCACGACGGAGGGGCGACGCCCGCUGACGUGCCCAGCGGCGGCCACGGGCACCGCGGGCACGACGCGGCGCAGUACUACCUCAACGAGUGGGUGGUGCACCUGACGGGCGGGCCACAGCUGGCCGCCGCCGUGGCCAAGGACCUGGGCUACCACUUCCUUGGCCAGGUGGGCGGCUUCUCUGACGUGUACCGCCUCGUCAAGACGGACCACCCCGCCAGACACAGGCGUGCCGCGCCCGCCCUCACGCGCCACCUCAACGCCCACGCCAAGGUGGUGUGGGCGGAGCAGCAGUUUGCGAAGGAGAGGACCAAGAGGAGCGUCCCUUUGCACCCUUUGGAGAGGAGCGCGGACGAUGAGACGGACUGGAGGAGGAAGAGGAGUAGGAGGAGUAGGGUAAAGGGGACGAGCUCGGAAGAUACAGCCUGGAAGAAUGAGAUAGAGAAGAUGACGAAGAAGAAGACGAUGGUGGAGAAGGCUUUGGCGAUGGAGCGGAUUUUUAACGAUGAGUUGUGGGAUCAUCAGUGGUAUCUCUUCGACACGAGGACGCGGAGUGAUUUGCCGCGGCUGGACCUCCGGGUGGUGGGGGCGUGGCUGCGGGGUGUGUCGGGGCGCGGCGUGCGGGUGCAGGUUCUCGACGACGGUCUGGAGUGGCGGCACGAAGAUCUGCGCCAGAACUACGACCCCGAAAUCAGCACUGACCUCAACGACAACAAGAGUGACCCCAGCCCGCGUUACGACCCUCUGCUCAUGAACUCUCACGGGACGAGAUGCGCGGGGGAGAUCGCGAUGGUCCACAAUAACCGCAAGUGUGGAGUCGGUGUUGCUUUUGAGGCGAAGAUCGGAGGAGUUCGCAUGCUGGACGGACCUGUGAGCGACGUGGUGGAGGGCCUGGCGCUAACCUACGCCCUGGGGAAGGUGGACGUGGUGAGCUGCUCCUGGGGCCCCCUCGACGACGGCAGGAGGGUGGAGGGCCCCGGCAGACUGGCGGAGAUGUCGCUGCAGAGAGGCAUCGAGGAGGGUCGGGGCGGCAAGGGCACCAUCUACGUGUGGGCGGCGGGCAACGGCGGGGCUGUGAGCGACAACUGCAACUGUGACGGCUACACGUCCUCCAUCGGCACGCUCACCAUCAGCAGCGCCACGGAGACCGGCAACUUCCCCUGGUACGGCGAGCUCUGCCCCUCCACCAUGGCCACCGCCUACUCGUCCGGCGCCUACACGGACCAGAAGAUUGCCACCACAGACCUCAACAACACGUGCACGAUUCACUUCACCGGGACGUCUGCCGCCGCCCCGCUGGCUGCCGGCAUCGUGGCCCUCGCCCUGGAGGCCAAUCCUGAGCUGACGUGGCGGGACAUGCAGCACGCCGUGGUGUGGAGCAGCGACUGGUCCAUCCUGGGGCACAACCAGGGCUGGACGGUCAACGGCCGGGGCCUCAGGAUCAACCCUCGCUUCGGCUUCGGGAUGCUCAGCGCGGAGAGCCUCGUCAACCUCGUCGCCAGUAACUGGACCCGCGUGCCUGAGCAGCGGACGUGCACACUGAAGACAGCCAAAAGGUCGGGCAGCAGCCUUCACAGCGGCGGGUGGGUGUCGGCGCAGUUCUCCGGCGAGGCGUGCGAGGAGGUGCGAGUCCUGGAGCACGUGCAGGUCGUGGCCAACAUAGAGUACUCCAGACGCGGCGCCCUGACCCUCGCCCUCACCAGCCCCCAAGGAACGCGCGUGGAGCUGCUGACGGAACGGCUCUUGGACGACUCGACGGAGGGCUUCACCAGCUGGCCCUUCACGUCUGUGCUCACCUGGGGGGAGGACCCGCGGGGCUUCUGGGACCUCAAUGUGUCAGACAGUACGACGCGGCAGGAGCAAGGCAGCGUUGGAGAGCUCGAACUGAUCUUGUACGGCACGAGCGAGCUGCCAGAACACAUGAAGCAGGAGAGAACCAACCCCCGACCCGCCGAGAUUCAUUACGAAGUCGAAGAAAACGAAGAUGAGGAGGAAGACGAAGUGGAGGUGCACCCGAGUUCCAAGCACCUGAGCACUCUCCUUAGGAACAAUUAAUUACUACGUUGAACAAGAGGCAAAGGAAUUCGAUCCUCUUCUGCUGGCCAAAACAAAUAAAUAAGUGAAUAAAA